UAUAUUUUUAAAUUUCCUUCCCUUUUAAAGGCAUUCUUUAUUCCCCCACCAAUUUUCCUUGUUCAUCGAUAUUUUUCUGAAAUUUUUCAAUUUUGGAUGCAUACAAGUUUACUUGGUUCUCUCGGUCCUUUAGGUUAUAUAUUAAAUACACCUUCACAUCAUAGAGUUCAUCAUGGACGUAAUCCUUAUUGUAUUGAUAGAAAUUAUGGAGGUGUUUUAAUUAUUUGGGAUAGAAUAUUUGGGACUUUUGAAGAAGAACGUUUAGAAGAUCCUCCAAUUUAUGGAUUAAUUAAAAAUGAAAAUAAUUUUAAUCAAUUAUGGCUACAAUUCCAUACUUUGGGGGAAUUACUUUUUUGUAAAUGGAGGGAAAAAGAUGAGGAGAAUAAAAAUUUAAAAAUAUUUCCAAAAUUUGUUGAUAAAUUGAAGGUUAAAUUAUUCUUUCAUUGGGCAACUUUAUGUAAUUCUUCAUAUAAUGUACCAGAACCAGAAAAACCUCCAAUCAUUUAUAAUCCAACAAUUUCUCGUUGGUUAAAAGCUUAUAUUUUGGGACAUUUUUUGUUACUUCUUUGUAUAUUUUUACAUUUUGAAUAUGACAGACUGGAAAUUGGAUGGAUUGAUUUUAUUCUAAAAAUUUUAUUUUUUAUUUGUACAAGUAAGUUUUUGAAAUUAUAA